AGUAAACUGGUUAGUUCAUCUCAUAUUUCUAUUUCUCUCCCCUCAAAUCCCACAGCAAAACCACACACAAAAAGCACAUAUAUAUGGAUUGGUGGAUGGCUGAGAAUUCUUUUGGGUUUUUUGAAUAUUGGGCUGGCUAUAUUUUUUCAAAUUUUUAAUUAUGAACAUUUUAUCAGUGUGAAUGAUGAAUCGAUUGUUUUUGUUUGUGGUCUGAUUAUUACAAUAUUUGACUAUUUUCAUAAUACUAGUAUGUUUCUGGGUCCAACUUUUUAAGUAACAAGAGGCUGCUUCCUUAUUGUUGAUCAUUGAAAAAAGUUGUCUUUUUUUGAAAAGAGUAUGAAAUUUAUUGUCGAGAGCUACUUUUUUUCCCCUUUUUUCUAUGUAAAGUUUUGGGACUCCUUUUUUAUUGAUAAUGAUUUGCUGAAUGAUUUUGAAUAUUGAUUAGUUAUUGGGAUCUCAACUGAUUAGGCAAUUGGAGUGCAGAUUCCUUUUUCCAUAUGUUAAAUUUUGAGUAUUUUUUGUAAGUCAUUCUUUGAUCGUACAAAGCUCAAGAUUUCAUGAGAUCAUGAAUGAUGAUUCCUCUUGAAUUUGAAUCUGCAUAAACUUUUCCUGCAGUUGGAAUUUUUAAGUCCUCAUCAACAUUAUGAAGUCGAUAACUAGCUGCUUUUGCUUGUCGAAAGCUAAACAAGCUUCAGGGUUCGAUAACCACGCAGUUCUUGCUUCUGAGACGGCUUUUAACAUGAACGAAGUAGAGGCGCUCCACUCCCUGUUCGAGCAACUGAGCAGUUCAAUUAUUGAUGAUGGCCGAAUUCACAAGGAAGAAUUCUUGCUUGCACUUUUCAACUGCAGCAGCACCAAGAAUAUCCUAGCAGAAAGGCUGUUUACUCUGUUUGAUCUAAAGAAAAAUGGGGUGAUAGAAUUUGGGGAGUUUGUUAGGACACUAAAUAUCUUUCACCCAGACACCCCACAAGAAGAUAAAAUAGCAUUCGCAUUCAAUCUGUACAAUCUAAGGCACACCGGAUAUAUAGAACGAGAAGAGUUGAAGGACAUGGUGCUGGCUACUCUCAGAGAAUCCGAAUUGUCACUUUCAGAAGAUGAUGUCGAAGCAAUAGUCGACAAGACACUUCAAGAGGCAGAUUUGAAUGGAGAUGGGAAAAUCGACCUAGAAGAGUGGAAACACUUGGUGGCCAAGUAUCCGUCCCUUACAAAGAACAUGACUCUCCCGCAUCUAAGGGAGAUAACUCUAGCAUUUCCAAACUUUGUCAUGGAGACGGAAGUAGUCGACUCAGAACUGGUCUGUUGAAACCAAAAACCUACUUUCUUUAGAUAAUUUCAGCAGUUUCACGGAUGAAAAGGACGAUUUUCACUGGAGUAG